CUGCUCUAGGCUAGAUAUGGCUGAACUCAAGUCUCUAGCGGUUUUUGCUUGGUUCAUCAAUCUUUCUAAAUCUUUUUUAAAAUUUUCAAUGUCAUUACCUUGCUGAUUGCGGUAGCUUUCAGCCUCUUGUUGUUGUCGUGUUGCGGCUUCCCUUCCAUCUUCUGCCUUUUUUUGCAGCUGUGGAGCCGCAACAAGACUAGCUGUAUUGGAAGUUUUUGGUUGCGCUUGCAAUUCUUCCAACUUUUUCCUCAAGUCAUCCAACUGGUUCGCCAGUUUUCCCUUCUCUUUUUGUUCUUCGGUAUAUAGACGGUGAUUCUCAUCUCUAUCCUUUUCUGCUUUCUCCUUUUCACUCUGGUUUUGUUUGAUCCAUUCAGUUUGUUCUUCUAUUGUUAAUGUGAGGAUUCGAUCUUUUAGUUGAUCGUCUAGUGAAUUGUAUAAUUUCUCAACUUCUCUUCUGGAGGUUUGCAAUGAUGAGGCUUGAGCCGUUGAUAUUUGGGAUUUGUCAAUUGCAUGAUAUUUUGUUUUUGAGCUUUCAAACAACUUAUUGAUUGUUGAAAUAUUAAAAGGAAAAUGAAACACAACCGUUUUCUGCUGAUACGAUUUCAAUGCUGCGUCGACGUAUUUUUGCACAAUGUCCUGGAUCAAAUUCGCAUUCGAAGUGAAUUUUAUCGUUAGCACUUUUUUUGUUGAAUGUUCCACCACAUAAUAAAAUUGUCGACGAGUUAUGAUUUUUUUCACAUAAUUUCGCUUUGCUAUACACCUCACUUGUGUUUCAAUAUGAUUUUUAUAUUCGAUGUCUGUCAUAUGAAUUGUGUUGGUGGUAAUUAAAAUAUCGCUUACUGGAUUCAUUUUUCAUUUAUGCGUCGUUUCAUUUUUAUUUCACUUUUGCUUUUGUCAGCAUUUUCUCAUGAGAAAUAUUCACGCAUUCUCGGGUUUGCUAAAUCGCCAAGAACCACACGUAAGAAUGUGCGCAAAAAACAAGUUUCUCGUUUAAAUUCAUUAUGCGCAUUGUAUUACGUGUAUUUCUGAGUUCGUUUUCCGUUUCUCGGAUUUCACUUUGCACCAGCUCUAACAAUUCCAAUGUCCGUGGCAAUGUAAAUCUCGGGCGAUUCGACAUUUUUGCAAUAAAAAAAAAUAUCACUUAGUUUAUAGAAAUGUAAAUUUUUCGUUGAAAGAAAAGUAUUCAAAUUGUUCGAUGAUUCAGUUUUUUUAUCGAAAUUUGCAAUUGAUUUCUUUUCACAAUUCACUUUUUUUCUCAAACUUGUGCAUUUGCGUUUGCAUUUUGCAUAUUCCGCAAAAUCAAGUCUUCAAUUCUUCUUUCUUGUUCUGCACUUCUUACCGCAUUUUUCGCUACUCUUUUAAAUGCCUAAAUCACGAUGAUAAUUAUUAUUAGAAUGAUAAUCAUGUAAAAAAUAAGUUCGAGCUCGCGCACGUUUUCAUUCAUUUGUUUGAUAAUUCCGUUGUUGAUUAUAUUGCCCUUCAUGAGGCCUCUAUUGUUCUCUGCCGUCAAUGGCGCUUCUUUUGAGCCAAAAAGACCCAUUUUAAAAUUAAAAUUUUCCACUCACUUCUUCAAAUUUACAAAAAUCACUUUUUUUUCAAGCACAAAUUAUUUCACUUGUCUCACUCUCACUCUCUUGCCCUCGUGUCGACUCGCCAUAUUCGGUAUCAGGUUACUUACCGGGCGGAGAGUGAUAUAUAUUACUGGAAUGUAAGAGUGAAAACAAAGUCACGUCUGUAUGGUUUGAGGUAUUACGCUGGAAUGACUUUAUUAAUUGUUAUCAUAAUUUGCAGUAUGCGACAAUUGCAUUGCGCACACGCGUUGCGCUUACGCCAACGCAAUUGAAUAAAACCGUGAUUUAUUUAUGUAUUUAAACAAAUCUGAUGGCUUUUUUAAUUCAUCAAUUUGUUUUUGUAAAUCUUUUGCUAAUUUUAAAGCAUUAUUUCGAGCUAUUAUUUCUGCCUCUUACAAUUGAUUCUUUUCAUCUCUUUCCUAUUAAGCUUUAGUUUUAGCCUCAGUUUCUUGUUUAAUAAUUAAUCUUUGAUCUUCGAUGGUGAGCUGACGAAUUUUGGCUUCCAUUAGGUUUAUCAAACUAUUGGCCUGGCUGAUAAUAUUGAUUUUUUCUGCAUUCAGUGCUGUUAAUUGAUCCUCAUCUAAUUCUUUUUUCAUUAAUUCUUUAUAUCUUGCAGUAUACGUUUCUUUUAAUUUUUCGAUAGAUUCUAACUUUGGUUCCAAAACCGACCUUGUUGAAGUUCCAAUUACAUCAUCAGUAAAUGUACUGUUGAUGUUUUUUAUUUGAUUGGAAAUUUCGGUUAAUUCCUGAAUGGCUUUCCUAGUUUGUUCAGUUUUAAUAGCUUGUUUACCUGCAAGUUCAGCAGCCGCCUCUACUUCUUCUAAUUCCUUUAUUCUUGCCUUAAUGGGUGUUUCGAUUUCGGUUUUUAGGUUCACUGCUUCUUCCCUUUUUGUAAGCCAUUCUGGGUCGUCAGGAACAUCCUCUGGUGGUGUCUUGUCCCAGGCAUCGGUUAUUGUUUUAGUGAUACUUUCCACUUCAGUUAUUUUUAACUUUAGAUUAAGUAAUGAGGCUUCUUUUAUAUAACUGGGAUCGGAUAUUUCUGCUUUGAUGUUUUGCAGUUUGUCAAAAUGGGUAUUUAAUUUCUCCAUUUUUGUGACCCCUUUUUCUUUUAAAUUUUUAUUCUGAGCUGGAAUCACUCAGUUCUUCAUUACACAACAAGUCAAUUGAAUCUAUACUUUGAUUAGUAUACACACUGGAACUCACACUUUCAUUAGAGUCAUCAGAAUCACUUAGUUUCUCAUCACACCACAAAUCAAUUAUUAUUGUAUGUUCAAGUCCUUCAAAUACCUUGAACUUUAUUUUGCACUCCACCUUUUUAAUAUUCACAAAGUUCAAUGACUUCUUUAAUUCCUGGGUGGUUUGAUUUAAACACCCUAUAUCGUGGAACUACCGGGUCUAUUGGCAAAUUGAUGUCUGAAUCCGAACUAGAAUGUUCUGGUGAACUGAUCAUGACAGGCGAAUCUCCCGGUGAAUAUGGUUCUGAACACAUUGACUUUAAAUAAGAACGAAUUGAUUGGUUAGAAGUUGGUGAACGAGGUGAUGAGUAAUUCGAUGAGUAAUUUGGAGACGUAUACGGCGUAUUUAAAUUUUUUUCACUUGUUUUUCCUGAUGGUGACCAAGGUGGUGAAUAGCUAGGAGACGUAUACGGUGUAUUAUUUAACUGUUCUGAUCUUCUUAUACACUUUUGGGAAGUACUUGGUUGUGAAAUGUCUUGUUCUGAAGUACUUGGUAACUUUCACCGAAUUCGAUUACUUUUUUACCAUAAUCCGAAUUGUCAAACAUAUCCUUUGUGAAUUUUAAUAAUAGAUUCAAAUUUUCAUUAACUUUUUUUAUAGCAUCAACAUGCCUCUCGAAGUUGAGCGUUGUGUAGGAAUCAAGAUCCCAGAAUUCUCUUGUUAAAUUAUUAACUUCUUGAUUGAGAUUUUUUAUAGAAAUGUUUUUAAUACGUUCAUUUCUUUUUUCAAUUUUUCAAUCUUCAUUCGCAGAUUUUUAUUUUCAUUGCUAACUUGCGUAAUUGUUUCUUUUGCUGAACAUAAUGAGCACUUAUUUUUCUUGCCUCUUUUUGGCUUUAAGGUCUUUUCACUCAUAUUUUUUCAAGAAUGUAAUUCAAUUGAAAACUAAAUUCGAAAUUUGCCCUUCGCGCUCAGCAAAGAUUGCAACGAUUUGAGUUCGAAUUUGAAAUUCUUCGCGCUCGUGCAAUUAACUUUGACUGAUUUGAGUUCAGACAAAUUCUCGCUCAACUUUGUAAAAUUAAAGAAUUUUACAAAGCGAUAAUUUUCUCAAUUCAACUUUUUUUCUCACUAUCACUAAUUCUUAUGCACUCAUCAUGUCCUUCUUCGGGCGCCAAUGAAUAAAACCGUGAAUGUUUUAUUUAUUCAAACAAACUUUUUAUUUAUUACAAACUUUUCACAAUUUUAUUUGCUUUUUAUUUAGCACAAAAUUUUCACAUUGAUAAAAAAGAGACCUUGCUCUUGACUUAGUUCGAGUUAAACUGAUCAAUUUCUGCUCUACUAGAUAUUACAGCUCAACUGGCUAGUAUCUAUUUUUACUCUGCUUUUAUAAUAUUUCGUGCAUUUGGCUCCAUUUCCAGAAAUGGUCUCGCUGAGGUGUUUACAGUUUGCAUUUAUUUUUACAUUCCUGAUUUACGAUAAUUGCAUUGUUUUUCCCAAAAUUGCAUUUUCCUUUUAUUUGGGUUUGAACCUUGAACGCAAUCUGCAUAUACGUUCUAUUUUUGUAUAAACUUGGCAGUGACCGUAAACUCCUCCUAUUUGGAGACUUAUUUAUAGAAGGAUGCACGAAUUUCUAACAUGUGUUUUUGAGGCGGGCUUCUUAUAACUUGGAAGUAUAAACAAAGGCGCUUUAUUUAAAGCUCUUUUCCUUUCAUUUUCAUGUUCUUUGUUUACACUUCUAGCUACAUUGUUGCAGUCUCCUAAUUUGGAAUUGGGUUAUUUACUUUAGUUUCAAACCAAAUCAGAGGUUGGAAUAUUGAAAGAAUAAACAAAGGCGCAUUCUUAAUUUCGGCUCUUUGUUUUGCUCUUUCAAACACUAUGAACGAGCAUUUUUCCAUCAUCAAUUUCUUCAAUUAAUGGCAUAUAUGUUCCCUGACCAUUGUACAAUUUGUCUUUAUUCCAUUCAACAAUUCUUGUGUGUGUGUUGAAUCAGAACUAUCCUUAAAUGGAUAUCUCAUGUUCAGGGAAUAAGUUCAAGUGCGGUGUGCUAAAUUAGAUAUGUUUGAUUAAAAAAAUCAUAUUUCGCCAUGCUGCAAACUUUACUAUAUCUCGUUGAGAAAGAAAUAAGCAAAUAUUUGGUGGUUUUGUAUCUAAUUUUACUUUGUUGGAAUUCCAGCAUGACUACAAUUAUUUUGUUGACUACCGGUUUUGUCUGGCAGACAAUGUCUGCAAUCCAUUUUAGCGACUAAAUAACUAUUCCGUUUGCGAUACAUAGUUGUGCGACAAAAUCAAUUAGCUAGUUGAAUUCCUUAUUUCAAAAAAUUAAUCUGGGACGCGGAGCAAGGAAACUGAGCGAAGCGAUCUUGCUACACAGAUACGAAAAAUUUCCAAUAGGUGUCUCUUUUUCGGACAAUAUGACAAUCCAUCCAUAUUUUCGGACAACUUCACUCAUAUUGUCUCAUUUUGUGGCCAACUUCAUACUAAUUUACCUCCAAGUGCCAAAUGUACAAUAGUAUGUAUAAUGGUAGUAGGGUUGGCCAAAAAAUAAGACAAUAUGAGUGAAGUGGUCCGAAAAUAUGGAUGGAUUGAUAUAUUGCCUGAAAAUUGGACAAGGGUUAUCCAAUAGUGCUGUCUGUGUAGUAUAGACUAAAGUUGAAUAAAUAUUUAAUGUGAUUUUUCAAUAUUUCAGAUAAGAGAUAUAUCGAAUUGUAAGGAGACAAUAGGAGGCCAAACGAAUAUGGGGUAUGCAUUUUAUGAUUUUCCAUUCUUCGUUGUUUAAAGAUUUAAUGAAAACACUUUGAAUUUGUUUCCCUUUUUUUAAAACAAUUAAUAAAAUAGAACGUAUUAAUCCCCCGGCUCACUAGCGUAGGAAAGACAUACAUCACCAUUGUGGCGUUUCUAGCCAUUUUGGUCGAAUUUUCAAAAGGGAAUCGAUCAACGAGGUGCAACCAUUUCCUAAUUCCCUUCAUAACUUCCACAAAUUUUAUCAGUCUUCCUCGAGCUGAAGUUGGUAGUCCGUUUCCUGUUUCCAUGGUUGAUCCUUUUCUUCGGGAAUCGAAUACAACACUUUUAUGUUUUGUCCAGUCAAAUUCUUCUGCUACAAAUUUUUCUGCUUCUCAUUUAGUCAAGUCCCUUUUCGGGCCCCAAUGUUUAAAUCAAAAUUAAAACGACGAAAGAAUUUUUUCUUGAACAAGAAUUUCUUUAUUUAAAGUGACAGCGAUUAUCGCUUCCCUUGACAAUCAGAUGAGAACAACAAGUUUCCACGUAUUCUGAAUAUACCUAAAUUGGAAUACUCAAAUAAUUUGACUCAAAAAUGAAAUACGGUUGGUUUCUCCAAAGGUUAAUUUAAAGAAUGAAUUUAAUUUUAAAACGGUUUAGUCAACAAGUUUAAACAAUAACUAAAACAAUUCUUAUUUAUAACAAUCAUAUUCACACGAAAAUAUUGACAAAUUGCACAUCAAAAUAUCUAAAAAUACAAUAAGUAAGUAAGUCUAAGAUGUACUUCAAUAAACUCACGUUGGCCCGUCUCCGUGACCGUAAAUGUAUUCGGCGCUGCAAGAUACUUUAGUGACUUUCCAAUGACUUGACCUUUCAAUCGGAACUGAAUUGCGUUCAUAUAUAUUUGAUUCAAGUUGCCUUCGUUAUCGAACAAUGCUUCUGUUCGUUCGCAGACUAUUUCAAACUAAAAAACUCUCCUCUUUGCUUUUUUUUAAACCUUUAUUCUGCUUUGCAAAAUAUGUUCUCCUGCGCGCCCACACCUGGAAGAGGUCUGGUUUGAGUUCAGAGAACAGUUACUGUACCAAAAAUACGUUUUCCUGCGCGCCCACACCCAGAAGAGGUGUAGUUUCAGUUCAGAAAACGGCUUUUCAAAAAUAAAUCACUUCAGCAAAUUUAUCUCACAGUCGAAGGACCAAUGUUUACGAAAGCAAAGAAUGAAAAAACUCUUUCUUUUUUCCUUCUCAAAAGACACUUUAAUUCCUAUUGCUUUCUUGCUGGAUUUUUUUUAUGCAGAAGAAGGUUAACUGCUUACAAUGAAUUCCCUCGUACAACACUGACUUAACCUACGAAUUGGUCGCGUUUAUAUACGCUUUCAACCCGGAUUUUGGCAAGUGAGCUCAUCAUUUGAUGAACUCACUGCUUUUUCCCUAUUUGGACGAGAUGAACGCAAUGCGAACAUCUGUCCAUUCAAAUUUCCCUUUUUCGGCGGCGGUAAAUGAGCUCAUCUCGCGAUGAGCACAUUCACCCCGUAUUUGGCGUCCUGAUGCACUGCCAAAACACACCACCCGCAUAUGGAGUGCCAGAUGGUCGCAAAAGCAAUCGUCUGCCUUUCACGGCACCUUGCUUAAACUAACUUACAUUCAAUAAGCUUUUGUGGUGAUUCUUGGAAGCAUAAAUGAAGGCGUUAUUUGCAGCUUUCAUUUGUGCUUCCAACAGCUUCCAAACACUUGACGCACGCUUUGAUAUAAAGGUCGUUCCGUUGCAAGUAUCUGCAGAGCUGGUGCACCUUUUCUUCGUUGCAUAAACAGCAAACAUAACGGCAUUUAUUGCUUUUGCGCGGAAGCAAUUUAAAGUGUUCCGAGAGAGGCGGGUCCAAUUCCAGACACAUUUUUUUAGCAACUUGUUUUAGCGGUUCGGCUUUCCGCUUUUUGGCAGCGGGACUUUCCGCGAAUUUCUACGGAUUGCCCCAAAAAGUUGAAAGUGCGCUUUUCAAACAAAUCGCUAUCAUCUCGAUCGUCAAAUGCAUCAAAAAAGCAAGUUUCGACCAACUUAUCAAAACAGGUAGCCAGCUCUUCGCAGAAAUUGUCCGAAUGUAUUUUUUCUUUUUUCUUGUGUUUCGUAUUUAGCGCAGUGAGAUAUGAAAUGGACGCGGAAGAAAUGAUGUGGCAAAGCAGUGUGUUGUAAAUCUGAACCACUUGCUCGUCUGUUGUCGAUGAAUCAAAGGGAUUACCCACUCCGCUGGGAAACAUUAUGUCUGUAACCUUUGCUGCAAGCAGCUCCAAACACGCGAUUGUCGUGCAAUCGCGAAGCGGACCCAUAAAUAUUCGGCUGUACUUGCGUAGCCCCUCAAUUGAACGGAAAAAUCCGCCGAUGGUUUCGGGCUGCAAUUUAGUCGAAUACGAGCCCGCUUCGUAAAUGAAUCGCGCAAAACAAGAGGUUAUUCGUUCGAUUAAACUUUUGAGUUAUCAACAGUUGACGCGAAGUAUUAUCGCGUAUUCCCCUCACCCUUCUUCCGAUAUUUGUUCAGAAUGAUACGGAACCUUUCGUUUCUUCGCCUGCAUCGAACUUUGCCCGACGGAUUUCGAAACGUCUUGGGUGUUGGAAUCCAUACAAGCAAUUUGCUCCCGCGUUAGGAGCUUCACAAUCCAGCUCCUGAAAAUAAAAAUCAAAUAAAAAACAAGAAUUAGUAUCACUUUAAUUGAAAAAAUUGCAAUAACCGCUUUAAUUUUAAAAAUAGCAGUGUGCUGCACACAUGUGUUUGCCCCAACAGACAUAUUCAAACACUCAUGUUUACACAAUUGAAACAAAGCAAAACAGGUAAAAUAAAAUUCACAUUACUUACUUUGACCCCUUUGGCCGUCCUCCAAAAUGGAGGUAUAUCGGCUCCUUGGAUUCGUUCAAAUUGUGAACAUCCUGCACCUGGAGGUUCUGGGCAAAGUGUUGUGGGAGAAAAAGGAUCUGACAGUUGGAUUGAAAGUCACUCUUUUCAUUUUCUUAACAUUUUUUGCUGAAACCAAGGUAGUACAACCUUUCCCAUUCAUCAUUUUUUCGUAUUAUCUGCGCUUUAUUAUUCAUUUUUAUCUCUCUUUCCGCCAAACAUUCGUAUUCGGGCAGAAAAGCAAAUAAAUGCUCCAAAGAAUUUAGGUCUAAAGACUUCAAUUCGUUUAUUUGCAAAUUUUUUUCGUACUCAAGGAGUUGAAGCAGAAAACCAUUAUUCGGCCUUAUUUGCCUUCGUUUGCUUAACAGAAAUUUAAUUGCAUUGUGUAAUGUGAAUUUCUGUUUCAGCAAAUAUGCCAGGAUAAUGGUCGAUGAACGCGAAAUGCCGGCAGCACAAAUAAUUAAAAUUUUGUCACUUUUAUUUAACAUAAACAGUUCAUUUAAUGUCUCAAAGUACAUAUAAAUAUUUUCACAAUAAAUAUCAUGCAAAUUGAUUGAAUAGACAUCGGCAGUUUGCAAUUGCCCUACUUCAACCUCUUGCGGGGCUAAAUUGACUAUUUUCUGAAAAUGUUUUAUGUCAAUAUUAACUUGCGUCGCCUUAUUAAAUGCCCACGAGCCCGACGCUAAAUAGAUAUUGUUAUAAACUUUAACUAUUUUCUCUUUAUGCGCUAGCCCGUUAUGUUUGAACAAAUUCAUUGUUUCUUCAAAGCGUUGUUUCAUUCCCACCAAACACUCGGAAUUAUUCAUCUUUUUUUAUUGAUUUUUCAAGUGACGAAUUUCUUUUUUUAUAUUGCCCGGCAGUUGUGUGAACUGGAUAUUUUUUUCAAUGAUUUGUUUAAUGCAGCUUUGCUGCAAUGUUCGUAACUUGCGAUUUUCUGUGCUUAAUAUCUGUUUUACGUAUCGAGUUUGACGCCAAUCCGAACUCGAUAAAAGCAAAACAAAACUCAAGCAUUCCAAACAAUAGUUUCGCAAUUUAUUCAGCCCACCAUAUUCUUCAACAAAUGGACAUGCAUCCGUAUGAAUCCACUUCCACAUUUUUAUGUGUUUCAUUGAACGAAAUUUUAUUGCAUAAUUCGAACAUGUGUGCAACGUUGGCAAAGUUACGUUUCUUCAAACAGGUUCACAUUCAUAGGCCUGCGGUUUUCAACAGGCAUCCGUGACAAAGCAGCUGCUUCAAAGUCAUUUAAACGCUUGAAUACCGGACAUGUUUUACAAAUACAAAUAUCCCACUUUGAAUCGCAUGUCAAUUGUUGUUUUUGCCUGUCGUCAGAAACUAUGCCAUUGUAAACGAAUGGUGCACUCUUUACAAGGCCAACUGCAGACACCGGUCCAAUUUGCAGUCGAUGAACCCCAAAUUUGAUUUUAUAUUCUCCUUCGAAUGGAAGUUGAUUAACAGACAAUGCACUGCCACAUGUUUUUGACCCAUAUUUCGCUUGCGUGGACAGGCAAUCAUUUAAUUUGGCGAUGAGGAUAUUGUAUUCAUAAUGUGGAAAAUGUAGAUGUUUGUAAUUAGAAAGGUUGAACACCGUGAGGCAAUAACGCCUUCUAUCCACUGUUUGAAAUUCGCUAAUGCGGCACAGGCUUCCACUGAAUGCAUACUCGAAUGUUUGAGCUGGCAUGGGCAAAUUAUACAAGCGAUAGCAAUAGCACGGUUUCAUUUUUUCGAAAAUUAACGUGCGUAUCGUUCUGCAGCUAAAUUGUUACUAAAAAUAAUUUUUUUUUUUGCUUAAAUAUAUGGGCAUACAUAAAUUUAUUCAACUAAUUCACUCUCUGCAAUCCAUGAAUUGAACUCGUCUCCGAAACCUAACCAUUUCACAUACAAUUGCCCUUUUCUCUUGCGAAUUAUCUUCUCAACGAGAUAUUCGUUCGGAUUUCGAACGUGUUGAAGUUCUUCGGCAUCGAUUUUGCGUAAGUUUUUGCGAUUUUUAUUUUCUUUAAAUAAAUUUCAACUAAUUUUUAUUUAUUUUUUCCAAAGCUUCGCCCGAUCCGUUUGCCCCGGGUCGUGCGUGCGGGCCGGGCAGGCGCAUGUGGAAUCGGUUGAAAAAGGGCUGCAUUGUGAUGUGCCAUAUGGUCAAUGAUAUUCUCGGCAUGCCCGGCGGAGCGUAUGCCAUUUACGCAAUUCACCAACACUUUUUCGCCGAAGAAGAAAAAUUCGAAGUUUUUUCGACUCAUAUAAUUGUGCGUCGAGCAAAUUGAAUAUAAUGUGAAUUGAAAUAAAAAAUCAUUUUAUGCAGUUUGCAAAUCCGCUCCAAUUUGGCUUAUUUUUAUUAAAUGAUUCGCAUGGAAUAUAAAAACUGCUUACAACUAUUAUUCUUGGUUGGCACAUUUUUUUUGAUUCGACAUUUUUUUUUCGGCUUUCACUUAAUUGCAUUAGACACAUCAAUCAUUAAGUUCUAGUUGUUGUGUUGUACUGCCUUAAAUCAGCUCGUGCGAACGGAUCCAUUACCCCGGCGAUGCUGGUGAAAAUCUGUUCCCACGUCGUCUGUGAAUUGUCUACAGCUGUCCGGUAAUUGUAUAUUCGAGAAGCACGCGUCGCAGUCGGUGAAAUUUUCCGCAUGAAAUCGUCAGCAAGUCGAAAAUAUUGCCCCUCGGCCGGCUGGUACAUGACGAAAUCGUAUUGACCGCUUCUUGGUUUCCGGGCGAAUAGACAGGCUUCGUUGUCAUCGUUCGCUGAAACGAAAUAAAUAAAUUAAAUCAAAUUGCUGCGAAAAUAAAAUGAAAGAAAAAAUAUAAUUACAUAUUGGAAUGGCCAAUGUGUGCUCGUGAUGCCGAUGAAAAAAUGCUCGCAUUGCGCGUACUCCAACGCUGAGUGUUGUACUGUACCGGUGAACAUCAUUAUCUGUCGGCAUAUGGCCUUUUUUUCACCAUCAAAAUAGUAUACAUUAACGGCAAUGUGGUCAUUUCGCCGCAUGAAUUUUUCAAUGUCACGGAUUUCAACCGGGAAUUGUAUGUCGUCAAAAUCCAAUUCAUCUUUCCAUUUGGCAUAGCUUGCGGCAUUGUUAACUUUGUUCCGAUUUUUUGCGUACACCUCUUCAUGGUGUAGGGCUGAUAAAAUAGCCCACUUAAAACACUCAUUAUUCGUAUUUUUCAAAUUCACAAUGGAUCGCUUGUCUUUGAGUUGUUUUGGCAACUUUAUGUGCCCCGAACCGGCUAAUGGCUCGUGUUUGAAAACCUGAACACGCAGCAUUUUUAUGUCAUCAACCGUAAAACCUGAUCCUUCGAUCAACACAUCUUCAACUUUAUCAAUCAAAUAUUGGACAAUGUCAUUUUCAUAAUGUUCGCGUAAAUCACUAGCUAUAUCGAUUUCGCGGUUUUUUGUCGGUAAAUACAUAUCGCGCUUUUCACUCAAAACUUCAUUUUGAGCGUUUAUUAUAAAAGAACGCUCAAAAUCAGCGAUUAAACAACUCGUCGUUUUCACUAAAUUGUGCUCGGCGAUAGAUUCAGUCACUUUCUCUUUAUAAAGUUCGAAGGCCGCAAUUAAAAAUUCUUUAAUCGUUGUGUACCCUUUAUUUAUCAAAUCAAAUUCUUGUAUGCGACGCCCGAAUGCCGAUUUAUUUUCUUUAAAUUCUACGAUUAAAUGAUUCGAAUCAUUAAAUGUUUGAAUGAAAAAAAAAUGUUGGUGUUGAAGUAAUCAUGCUCGUUUCCACAUCAGUUUGAAAUCAGAUUCGGCAUAUUCCCAUCCCCGCACGAUCAUUCGCCCGUUGCUGGUGAAUAAAAGUAUAUUAAUUAUUGGAAUGAAAUGGUUGCAAAAAAUAUUGUAUAUUUAUUAAUAUACUUUUAUUCACCAUUUAAUCGCUUUCGUAUAUAACGGCGGCAGCCUUUUUAUUUCCACCGCGGGCCACUUUCCGUUUUUGCGAUGAUGGUGGUAAAACUUCUUCUUCUUCUUCACCACUGCCGUCAACAACGGCCUCAUCAUCAUCGUCGCCGACGUCGUCGUAAUCGUCGUCGUCGCAGUCGUCGUCCUCGUCGCAGUCGCCGUCGUCGUCAUCAUCAUCAUCUUCGACCUCACCGAUGUGGACAUGCCAUUGUUUAUCGAAAGAGGAAGUAGGGGCGGUCUUUGCCAGGUCAAUAAAAGAUUUGUGAGGGCAAAUAAUCAAUACAUGGAUGAAAAGUUCGAUCCUUCAAAAGAAAAAUCAUACCUGAUGUACUUGGACGUAAAUAACCUUUAUGGCCAUGCCAUGUCGAAACGACUGCCAAUUGGAGGCUAUGAAUGGCUUAACGAGAGUGAAAUCGAGCGGAAAUUCAAUACACCCGAUGAGCGAAAAAAUGCUGCAGCUAUCAUGGACUUGAAUGACGAUUCUGAGACCGGGUUCAUAUUCGAGGUGGAUUUACAUUAUCCGCCCGAAAUUCACGAUGCGCAUAAUGAUUACCCAUUCUGUGCCGAACACGGGAGACUUGAUCAUAUAAUGAAAAAUGAAAAGCUCUUAUUAACAUUGAAUGAUAAGAAAAAUUACGUCAUUCACCUUUCAAUGUUAAAACUGGCGCUGAAACACGGUUUAAUUUUGAAGAAGGUUCACAGAAUUCUUCAAUUUAGGCAAAAAGUUUGGUUAAAGCCCUACAUAGAUUUGAAUACAAAGCACCGUAUUCAAUCCACAAGUAAUUUCGACAAAGACUAUUAUAAAAAAAUGAAUAACUGCAUAUAUGGAAAGACACUUGAGAACCUGCGUUUGCGCACGGAUAUUAGGCUAAUUAAUAGAUGGACUGGGUGGAAAAAAAAUGCUAGAGCAUUAAUCGCCCGACCCAACUUUAAAAAAUGCAUAAUUUUCGAUGAAAAUUUGGUGUCGAUUGAAAUGCAGAAAACGCAUAUCAUGAUGAAUAAACCAAUAAUUGUAGGAAUUUGCGUUCUAAAAUUAUCUAAAGUAGUAAUGUAUUCAUUUUUUUAUGAUUAUUUAAAAAAGAAGUACGGUGAAAAUGUUGCAUUGGUCUACACUGGACUGCUGUUCUGGUAGUAUGGUGAGCCGACCUGACGCUUUCAUUCACAGGCCAAUGCAUUGAACUUCUGAAUGGGCUAAUUUCCAACAGCUAAUUUCGCAAAGCCGUGAUACGGCUUGCCGGCUUUCGAAUCACUUAACUUUUUUAACACAUUCAUUUAACACUUUGCGAACGAACUUCUUACCUCAAUAAAUUGAAGGCAAAUGACAAUUUUGAAUAUUCGUUUAUAACUUUUUCGAGUAUAUCGCACCAUUUGUUCGACCCAUGCAAACUGAAAUGCAUGUACAAUUUACGUUUAAUUGUACGAAUUGCACGUUCAGAACUAUAUGAGGCAUAUGCUAAAAUUCAAUCAGUUUAUUAUAAUGGAGUGGAAAAUACAAAUAUGUUCGCCAAUGAUUAUAAACAGUUUCAAUCCGACGUGUUGUUUGCUUUUGACACAUCGCGGUCGGACGAAGCAUUCGUGAAUGGUGCUGUUGACAUUAGGUUGGAAAUUAAUGCAACUAAAAAUUUCCCUGGGAAACAAACCUGUUUCUGGCAACAAAA